GAUCAGAUCGAUCGAUCGUCUUUCUACCAAACCUGUUUGUUCUUGGAGGACUGUACGUAACGUAUGUAAGUAAUAGCUCAAAUGUGAUAAAAUUAAAGAUCAUCCAUCCAUCCACAUAGAAUCGAAUCGUACCCAUCUAUCUAUCUAUUGUGAUCGCAGCAGCAUGAAGGAUGACGAUACUCUUCCUGUAUCAAUGUCAUUUUCAAGGAAAGAGAUCUCCGAUUCUACGUACCACCCAUUUGGUAGGGGUAGGUAUAAAUUCUGGGCUCUAACCGCACUUUUGCUCCUCGCUUUCUGCUCCAUCCUCACCGGCACCGUCACUCUCCGCUGGUCUCUCGGCAAUCUCAAUCGUUUCUCCGACGAAUUCGACAAACUCAAUUCCGACGAUUUAGAUGCCCUUGAAUUGGAGGAGAGGGCGGUGGUAGUUAAUCAUAUGUGGGACGUGUACACGAAUAGCCGUCGGAUCAGAUUGCCUCGGUUCUGGCAAGAGGCUUUUGUGUCUGCCUAUGAAUAUUUAACCAGUGAUGAUUCUGGCGUUCGUGAGGCUGCUGUAUCAGAGAUCGCUAAGAUGUCCUUGCGUUCACUCAGUCUCGAUCUUCCUCCUUCUUCAACUAUCCAACAACUGCCGAGUAAAGAAGAAGGUAAGGCAGUGCAGCAGGAAACAGGAAUGGGGAAGAAUGAGAAGAUGAGUUCUAAGGAAGAACGCAGCAGUCUAUGAAUUUGCAAUGCACAAGUUUCUCAGUGUUUCUCUGCCAUUGACAUAAAAUUUCAGCAGAGGCAUUCGAUCUCACCUUAUAGUCGAAUCAAACUUUUUACGAGAGGACUUUGAGUUAGGAUUCAAGAAACUUUGAGAAUUUUUUAUCAAUAUGAUGAUGACUAUCUUAGUUAAUGGGAGUUUUUGAGACUUUUGUAUGAUUCUUGUAAUGUUUUUGAGUUUAAUUUUGUUUUCUUCUUUUAUGAUCACAAAUGUUUGAUGAUCCCAUGAUUGCCUUUUGAGAUUUAU